AUGGCCAGCGGCUUCUGGGUCGUGCCCAUGCCGGAUCGGUUUCGCGAGAUCUCAGCAUUUAUCAUCCCGUUUGGACUAUUUGAAUGGAGUCGCAUGCCUUUUGGCCUAACGAAUGCCCCGCAGAUUUAUCAACGCUUCGUAGACAACGCGCUGCGAUGCGGAAACAACAAUGGACGUGUUCCAGACCGGGAUCGCGGACGAUCCUGA